GAAAAAAGGUAAUAUAGGAAAAUCCUAUAACGUGAAUAAAUACUACACUUCUUCAACAACUCGUGUAAACACAAUUAAUGUAUUUAAUGUCCUGCUUUUUUCAAACAAUGUUUAAGAGGUUGUACAUGUUGAUAUAAAAUGUGAUCAUAAUAAAGAUGGAAAUAUUUUUUGAAUACGUAAAUGGCUUUAUAUCGAGUACAAAGGGACUAACUAGCUAUGAGUGAGGAGCCUAAAGAAACCGACACUCUCGAAGCAAAUGGUGAAAUACCUCUCAAAGUUAAAUACAAAGAUCCUAACACUUUCCUUUGCUCAACAAGAUGGCGUAUGGUUGCAUAUAUAUUUCUCAGUUUUGCCCUGUUGUAUGUGCACCGGGUUAACCUCAGUCUUGCCAUCGUUUGUAUGGUAGAUACCACCCACACAGAUACCCCAGUGACACAUAUUAACAACAGUGAAACUGUUACUAAUUAUAGUUACAGUCAAUAUGUUAACAGUUCUGAUCGAUUAACAUCUAAUGUUUCUAAAGACAUAAAUGUUACAUUCACUGUUGAGAAUGAUGUACUGACUGGAGAAGAUUCCAUUUCUAAGUGUGGAAAUGUUAAAACAAAUGAGAACAAGGAAUGGAUACCCGAAAUUUACUGGGACAAGAAAGAAAUUUCCAUCCUUCUGUCUUCUUACUUCUACGGAUCUUUCUUCACUCAAAUUCCCGCCGGAACCAUAUCUGAUAUUUUUGGCGGGAAACACGUCAUCACAUUGGCCAUGCUGUUGAGCACAUUGUGUAGUCUGCUUACACCGAUUUGUGCACGGACCAGUAUUAUACUAAUGUUUGUCGUCAGGAUAACAGUUGGCCUUGCUGGCGGUUCAGUUAUUCCAGCGGGAAUGUCAAUGGUGAAUUCUUGGGCCACGCCCGCCGAGCGACCUCUAAUGAUAGCAGUUUGCGCUUCAGGUCUUCUGACAGGUGCAAUUGUAACUUUUCUAACAUCAGGCUUACUUUGCGCAUAUGGAUUUGACAACGGCUGGGCUUCUAUUUUCUAUAUACACGGCUGUAUUACUGGGCUAUUUACUUUGUUGUGGAUUUUCGAAGGUUACAGUCUACCUUCACAUCAUCCUAGAAUUUCUGAUAAAGAAUUAGAUUACAUAGAAUCAUCUAGAAUCCAUUCCACAAGUACAAAACGUCCGACAACUCCGUGGAAAAGUUUGUUGCAAUCUAAACCUCUAUGGGCAACAUUCAUCGCACAUUUUUGUUUCAAUUGGAGCUUCUUUACAGUCCUCAUCAAUGUGCCAUUGUUUCUGAAAGAAGUACUGAAAUUUAACAUUAAGUCGAAUGGUUUAUACUCAGCCAUGCCAUUUAUAUUCCAAAUCAUAUCAUCAAUUCUGUGCGGAAAACUUUCAGGAGUUAUCAUAAAAAAGAAUCCUUCAUUGCACUUGAUUACAAGGCGAUUAUUUACAUCUGUUAGUCAGUUUGGAAUAGCGGCAUGUUUAGUAUGUGCGGGCUACGUGUCAUGUGAUUCUAGAUAUAUUGCUGUGAUGUUGCUCUGCUUUGCUUGCACCUUUGCUGGGUUCUCAUAUGGUGGAUUUUUUGCAAACCAUGCAGAAUAUGCCGGACAGUUUGCUGGAACUGCUUUCGGAAUAACAAAUGCUGGCGGAGUGAUUUCAUCGCUUGUUGCUUCAAUGAUGGCAGGACUUCUUACACCAAAUGGUUUACAAGAAGAAUGGCAGCGAGUAUUCUACAUAGCCGCGGGUGUUAACGUUGUUGGAGCUCUGUCAUUUACAGCAUGUUCUGAUGUGUAUCUUCAGUCUUGGGCCAGAACUCAAACUAUUAUCACAAUAGAUGUUGACCUAGAUAAAGGAAUACAAGAACUUAAAGUUUUAAAAAAUGAAAACGUGCCAAAAUCAGAGACAGCUGAAAACAUUCACGAAAACACACCUUUACAGAAAAACAUAUAAUAAGAGUAUUCUACGAAGAUGUAAAAUUUCUGAUAUUAAAAUCACAGUCGUAUGUUCGAAUUUAUUACUAGACAUUUUAUUACACUAUUGCUAUAAAUAAACAUACAUAUAACUUUAUUUCACUCAGGUAUAUCAAAGUAUACAACAUGAGGUUUAUCAAUAAGAUAGCAUUAAUUGCAAAUUGUCUCAGAAUGUGUCAUUGUUUGUGUACUACUCAAACUUAGACCGUACUCUCAUUUAUUGUGUCUGCCACUCAAACAAAGACCGUAAUCUCAUUUAUUGUGUCUACAACUCAAACAAAGACCUUCAUCUCAUUUAUUGUGUCUACCACUCAAACAAAGACCGUACUCUCAUUUAUUGUGUCUACCACUCAAACAAAGACCGUACUCUCAUUUAUUGUGUCUACCACUCAAACAAAGACCGUACUCUCAUUUAUUGUGUCUACUACUCAAACAAAGACCGUACUCUCAUUUAUUGUGUCUACCACUCAAACAAAGACCGUACUCUCAUUUAUUGUGUCUACCACUCAAACAAAGACCGUACUCUCAUUUAUUGUGUCUACCACUCAUACAAAGACCGUACUCUCAUUUAAUGUGUCUACCACUCAAACAAAGACCGUACUCUCAUUUAUUGUGUCUACCACUCAAACAAAGACUUUAAUCUCAUUUAUUGUGUCUACUACUCAAACAAAGACUUUAAUCUCAUUUAUGGUGUCUACCACUCAAACAAAGACCGUACUCUCAUUUAUGGUGUCUACCACUCAAACAAAGACCGUACUCUCAUUUAUUGUGUCUACUACUCAAACAAAGACUUUAAUCUCAUUUAUGGUGUCUACCACUCAAACAAAGACAUACGUCUCAUUUAUUGUGCCUGCCACUACAAAGACCUUCAUCUCAUUUAUUGUGUCUACCACUCAUACAAAGACCGUACUCUCAUUUAUUGUGUCUACCACAUAAACGAAGGCUUUAAUCUCAUUUAUUGUGUCUGCCACUCAAACAAAGACCGUAAUCUCAUUUACUGUGUCUACCACUCGAACAAAGACCUACAUCUCAUUUAUUGUGUCUACCACUCAUACAAAGACCGUACUCUCAUUUAUUGUGUCUACCACAUAAACGAAGGCUUUAAUCUCAUUUAUUGUGUAUGCCACUCAAACAAAGACCGUAAUCUCAAAUUAUUGUGUCUACCACUCGAACAAAGACCUACAUCUCAUUUAUUGUGUCUGCCACUCAAACAAAGACCUUCAUCUCAUUUUUUUGUUUCUACCCCGAAAACAAAGACCAUUCUCUCAUGUAUAUAUCUACCACUCAAACAAAGGCUUUACUUUCAUUUUUUUUAUCUACAACUCAAACAAAGACCGUAAUCUCAUUUAUUGUUUUGUUAGAAAGAUAAACAAUAAUUUUAUAAGGAUAUGUAAGAAUCUCGUUGUUGUUUUUUAGUUCUUUUUUUGUUGUUGUUUUAUUUCCAAUGUUAAUUAUUUGAAACAACAUUUAUGUUAAAAAUAUUUUGAUAUAAUGGUAAUAACUUUUACACACAUGAUGUCGCUGUAAUAAUGCUCAUGCUCUUCUCAUGUUGUAUGUAACCGCCGCAAUUGAAUGUAUGGCGAUGAAUAUGUGAUAUGUUUAUAUGCUAAUAAACUCAUUGAAUUGAAUUGAUGUUCUACAUUCUUCUCAAAAAUAGGAUAAUAAUAAAUUUGAUGUGUU